UGAACCUGUUUGCUGGAGGCGCUGCAGAGCCAGCGAGCGUACGAGCAGCUGCUGCUGGACUGCCGCGACCGGUGCCGGGAGGAGGCCGGCCGGGAGACGCUCAUGUUAGACGACCAGCAGCCGGACGAGCUGCGCGUAUUCGAGCGGCUCAUCCGCCAGACCCGCUGCCUGGUGCAGUGUCAGCGGCAGCGGCUCGGCAACCACCUGCAGGAGUUCUACGACUCGGCCUGGGCCGACGAGGAGUUCCGCACCCGCAAGCCUUACGAGUACCUGCAGCUUUGCUACUACAAGACCGGCGAGGUACAGAAAGCGGCCGAUGCGGUGUUCACUGUUCUUCAGCACUCUCCGAAUAGCGAGAUCAUGCGCGAGAACUUUAAGUACUAUACCACCAUGGACGAGGUUGACAACGCCAACAUCGUCAGCAUGGAGAGACAGGAGCACACAGAGCUGUACCUACGGGGCAACGACGCCUACGAGUCGGGCCGCUUCGAGCAGGUGGUGCGCUUCAUGGAGGAUGCGCUCGACAGCUAUCUGGAGGCCGAACAGCGCUGCCGCACGCUUUGCGAGCGCCACUUCCCGCAGGGCUUCAAUCCCGACUUCGUGGCCAACGUGGCCAACCAUUUCGCGUACGUGCUACGAUGCAAGAUACGAUGCCAGGACCAGCUGUCUAAAGUGAACGGGAAUCAGCUGACAGACUACCUCGAGUCCCACUUCCACUAUCUUCAGUUCGCCUACUUCAAGCAAAAUCGUUUACCCGAGGCGUGUAGCAGCGUGGCCAGCUACCUACUGUUCAGGCCAGAGGACGAAGACAUGCUGGGCAACAAGCGGCUCUACCUAAAGGAGGACGGAGUGGACGAAAGCUUUUCGUCCCCAGACCGGACAUUGUUGAGUUUGCGAAGCGAAGAGAACGGGAAAAGAAGCUGGAUCGUUACAUCCUGGAUAACUUCCGGUUCAGUGACGAUGCCAGCAAAAAGAAAGGGGAGACUGGUGCGAGAUUACCGCCCAGGACGGACCAGCAGGCCAGCUCGGACAGCCAGCCGACGGCUGACCGCGACGCUCGCGCAGAACCGGCGGCCGAUGCGACCGAGGAUGUGGAAGCCCGGCAUGCCGCAAGCUGCGAAGCGGUCGGCCCGUUUGGUGAACAACCGGUUGCUGGAGCUGCAUGACCGGGUGCUGGCCGGUCCGCCGUGGCGCCCACUCGGCGCCUGGCUCGAGAGGACCCACGUGACCAGCGGCCCCGCCGAGCUGCGCGGCGAACAUCGGUUUGUGGCCGACGGCAUGCUGACGUCACGCGACUGCCGCCGGCUGAUCGACAUCCUGCAGGCAGCGGGAGUGGCGGGCGACGGAUACCGCCAGAGGGUACCGCACACUCCGUUUGAAGAGUUUCGCGGUCUGUCGUUCGGCCGCCUUGUCGUGAAGGUGGCACGAGACGAGGCGUCGCGGAACAGUCUGCGCUUCCUGAUGGACGUGGCGGACGCGGCGAGGCUGUUCGUGGCCCGGCAGUUCGGCGUGGUCGAGCUCCACUCGUCCUACACACACCUGGUGGGCAGGACGUACCUGCCCGGUCUGGGACAGAAACGUCCAGCCUCUGAUCUGAGCCAUCCAAUCCACGUGGACAACUGUUUAUUAUUCGACAACGGAACGUGCUCGCGAGGCAAGGGCGCUUACAUUCACCGCCACUACAGUGCCAUCCUCUACCUGAACGACAACUUCAAAGGCGGCGAGUUUGUAUUCGCCAGGGAUCUGAUCGAUAGAAAGCCAGUGGUGCGCGUGCGCGCGCACUGCGGCAGACUGGUGGGCUUCUCGGCUGGCACGGAAAACCCGCACGGCGUACUGGCCGUCACGGCCGGCACCCGCUACGCCCUGGCCAUGUGGUACACUGAGACGGCCGCGCAGCGCGAGGACGAGAAGAUGGUCGCCGAGCUGUACCUGCACGACCCCAGCAUGGCAGCGGUGAAGAACAUGGUUUCCGGACUGGACGCCAAAUUCAAGAAGGUGGACAAAAUGCUGGGCCACUAGAGAUCGCUACUGAAAGAGGCCACGAGGCAACACGGCGGACGUACUGGCCUUCUGUACUGGACGCUGCGUACUGCCCAGACAGGCUGGCUGGCCUGGUAUCCCGGCCAGCAGACAGCUUCCUCCUACCGAGGCCGCUGGGCUUCCCUGUGUGGGCAGGCGCGAGCCAAACAACUGUGAUCUGUUUAUUGAACGGGUUUGAGUUGGUGGAGGGGCGACAGGAAGCGGGAAAAUCGAUUACGGCUGCCGGCUGUGUGUUUGGGUACAGUGUUCUACGGUUUUCGUCUAAACUUUAGAUGACCCCUUCCAUUGUUUUCAUUCGUCCUAUUUGCUACGGAUGGUCUUUGGUGUUGUUUAAAUAUGUGUUUGUUGAUUGUUAUCUUCACGUAUUUUGUUCGUGCUCCAGUUCUGGCAUAUGAUCGUUACGAGCUUCAAUAUUGUGCCAGGGGUCAGUGGUAGUGUGGUUAACGAACUCGCGAAUUUCUCGGAGGAAUGCUUUUUUAGUGCCAAGAGUAAACGUCGGCUGUGAGAUAGUAUAAACCAGGCAAAGGGGAACGACGACAUCGCAGACUGGAUGAGUGACUAGCUGGUGGCCGGGGCCCUGGUGCUGGUCGCGGCGGAGAGCGGGACAUCCGACGGUCGGUUGCCCGCCCACCGGUGGGAGGUGCCACCUAACCCCACCAAUCGCGUCAGGGAGAUUAUCCCACAACUAUGCUGGGAUCAUGGUCCUAAAGUUAGAGUUUUAUAAAGUAAAACGUUAUCUCACACUGUUCCUCACCCGCAUCGCAUACAAACCGUAAAAUGUGCUAGGAUGCUGGGUUACUGCCAGCAUCCUAGUAUUUUAGUAUAUUUUACGAUGCCAUCAUUUUGU